CUGAGUCAUUGCAGCAAAUUGUUUCCAGCCUCUAAUCAUUUUUAAUUCCAGUAUUCAGCUUUUCUGCAGCAGCUCUGCUUGUUCUGUUUUUUUGUCAAUUUGAAUAUUUCAUGUGAAUCUAUUACAGACAUGGACCAACCAGGCUCAAAUGUGAGUGACAUGGCAGGUGAGCCAUGUAGACCACAUGGCUAAAAAGAUACUAAUGGAGGCUGCAUUGAGCCACACAGCUUGGGUCAGUUGUCUUUACGUGAACCAGUUCGAAACAGACAUAUUUAGCCACGAUGCCGCCGGAUGUUGGUCAACGAUUCCGUCAAGUGUCUCGACUGGAGGGAGAUGUGUAGACCUGUAUGGAGGCUGCAAACUGCUCCGUUCAGCUCCAAACCAUCGGACAGAAAACAGCCUCGCCGAACACACAUCAAGAAAGCUAAGCCCCAGCCAGCAGUGGAUGUCGCUAAACUCCUGGAGCAGCUCUUCUCCCAGCGCAGGCCAGACACAGCGCCUCCUUCUGGUAAAGCUCAACCUGCCAGUGCCUCCUCCACACCUCCCAAACCUCCCACCACCUCCUCAAUGAAGGUCUCCACCUCAGAUGUUCCUCCCUUGUCAAAGGCAGAGCCAGCAGCGUCUGUCUGUCUUAACACUGCACCUCCAUCUCCUCAACCAACAUCAGCAUCUCCGACAAACCCAGAGACGCCUCAGCAGGCUCCUCUUGAUUUUAUUCAGGAGUCCGCUGCUGAUAGUGUUUCCAGUGAGACUGUUCGUACAACCAGCACAACCCCUGCAGGAUCAGGAUCAGAAGCAGCUGCAGUAGAAAUAACAAUAGAAACCAACGUAGAAGCUGCACCAGAGUCAGCUGAACUCAAAACUGCCACCGUACUGCCCUUAACGGCCCACAUGUUGGAUAAGAACGUAGAGACGUCAUCUUUUUCAGCUGCUGCAAUGGAACCCUUAAUAGAAACAUCAGUAGAGCCUAGCCUAUCUCCUGUGGGAACACUAGAAGUUAUUGUUGCUCCAGCUGAAGAUGUACAAACCAAAGGCACAGACUCAGGAGUGGUUGAAGUCUCGCACGCUGCCAAAGAACAACCCUUAAUAGAAACUACAAUAGAAUCACCUGUAGAAGCUACCCAUUUUCCCAUGGAAACACUAGAAACUAGAGCUGCUGCUGUUGAGUGUCAAGUAGAGCCUACAAUAGAUGUCACAGUACAUAUAGCACCUCAAAAAGUACAAACCAAAAGCACAGACCCAGGAGAGGUUGACAUUUCGCACACAGUAGAACCCUUAUUUGAAACUACAGUAGAAACAUCAGUAGAGGCCAGCACCUCUCCUCUGGAAACACUAAAGACUAGAGAUUCUUUUGCUGAAGGUCCAGUAGAUGCUCCAGCUCAAGCAAUACAAACCAACAGCACAGUGUUUACCAUCUCAUACAGUACCAAAGUUGAACCUUUACUAGAAACUACAAUAAAAACAUCAGUAGAGACAAGCACUUCCCCUCUGGAAACACUAGAGAGUAGAGCUGCUGUAGCUGAAGGUUCAGUAGAAACUACAAUAGAAGCUGAAGCAGAUGCAACAGCUCAGGCAGUAGUAACCAAAAGCACAGACUCAGGAGUGGUUGACAUUUCGCACACAGUACAACCCUUAUUAGAAACUACAGUAGAGAUCGGUAGAGUAGAGGCCAGCGCCUAUCCUCUGGAAACAUUUGAGAGUAGAGCUGCUGUAGCUGAAUGUUCAAUAGAAACUACAAUAGAGGCUGAAGCAGAUACAGCAGCUCAAGCAGUGCAAACCAACAGCACAGACUCAGCAGCAGUUAAUGUAGAAGAAUCUUCAAUAGAAACUACAAUAGAGCCAGCAGUGGAGGCCAGGCCCUCUCCUAUAGAGAGUAGAGAUGCUGUUUCUGAAGGUACAGUAGAACCUAAGAUAGAAAAUGAAGCAGAUGAUAACACCUCACCCACUGCCUUAAUCCAAAAUGCACAAGAAUCUACAAUAGAAUCCACAGUAGAAUCAUCCACAGUAAAAGUGGCUCUGGAGGAGGGAGUGAACAAGUCUGAACAAACGACUUUAGAGCCUGUAACACUCCAUGUAGUUGAGGUUACAACGGCUGGAGCAGGAUAGAAAGCCGCAGCUGAAACUGAGAAUCCAAGUGAAUUUUUAACUAAAGUUGUUUCAAAGUGGGAGAGUUAGAAGGACGAAGUGGCUCGUUAGUGAAAGAGCUUCUCUGUCGUGUUCCUGCAGUGCUUUCCAAAGCUCCUGGCACGCUAAAUACAAGUUCAGAUCCUCCUGUAGGAGAAAAGGGAGACUGUUUGCAGAUGGAGGGGAAGGCAAACGAAACAAAAGUUGGAGGAGUUGAGAGCGGAGUUCUGCUGGAAACAAGGAAUGCGCUUGAGAAAGAAGCGGAGUUACUAGCAAAAGAGGAGAAUAUGGAAGUUAAGACCACAAUAGAAGAUGGUUUUGAGGACAUAACAGAGGCUGACAUUUCAACACAUGACUCUAUCUCUGAACCAGUAGUAGUUUUAUGGGGAAUUGCAUGUACGUAAUUGCUGACGCCGACAUAUAAAGUGAUAUUUGUACCACAAUAUCGUUUUUACAUUUCUAUUUGUAAGUAUUAAACAAACUAUAU